CCUUAAAUAGCACCAAAGGGUCAAAACGCACACAGACCUAUAGCUAGCUAUAUAGAUAUAUAAUAUUCCAUUCUCUUUAUCUUCUUCAGCUUCAUUUCCGGAUCUUGAGUCUUUGGAUUUGGAAACUAUUUUCAUAUCCAAGAAAAUUAAAGAAGAAGAAAAGAAAAACUCCAAGAUGAUAAGUGCAAGGCAUGAAGUAGCUUCUCAAAAAUCUUUACAAAUCAAGCAAGAUGACAAGUUCUUUACAAGAAUUAUGUCCAAAGAAAUCUCCAUUGCCAAUUCUUCUAGUAGGGUUUACUACAGAGAUGUCUCAAGUGCAAUUCCAUUUGAUUGGGAAUCAAGACCAGGUACUCCGAAGCAUACAUUUUCUGAUACCUCUAUUCCUCCAUUAACACCUCCUCCUUCUUAUUAUUCAACUUCAAAAUCAAAAUCCAUGCACAAAAGAAUUAAACCUAAUUUUUUGAGGAAUAUUUUCCCUAAAAGACUAGUUACCAACCAAAAUAAUAAUAAAAAGACUACUGCUACUCAUGUCUCUCCUUCAUCUUCAAUGUCUUCUAGUACGACAUCAUCCUCUUUGUCAUCGUGGUCGUCGUUUUAUUCCUCCCCAUCAAUUAAUAAGAGCUCGAAAUCGCUAAAUCGAUCAUUUUUUUCGUGCUCAAGAUCUCCCAUCCAUUUUACGGUUGAUGCUGCUGAUGACGAUGAUGGUAAUAACAGCGAUAACAAUACCGUUAAGAGGAAUCGCUUUGGUUCGCCUAGCUCCACGUUAAUGUGUUAUGGUGGUAAAAGUAUUAAGGGUUUGAAUGUUUUUGGAGGUUCCUAUUUGAAGAAUGCAUUCUUGUCCAUUGUAACACAUGGAUCAAACUAAGAUAUAUUAUAUAUAUUAUAAGGUGUUGUUCGGAUGAAAGAUCUUUCAUUUGUUUUCUUCUUUUUUUCUCUUCUUUUCCCCCUUCAUCUUGUUAUUGGUAGGCAGCUGUUAAUUAGAUUUUUUCUUUUUUCUCCUUUCUCCAUGAGUAUCUCACACUCUUUUUGGAUAUAAGAUUAAUCUUGUUUCGCUGGUAGCUGUCUUUUCACGGAUGGAAUCUCUCCAAUCUUUCAAGUUUGUUUGUAGAACUCAAUUCGAUAUUUUCUUAGUUGUGUUAAUAAUUAACAUUUAUUCAUCCAGAAGUUCAUUGUUUUUAAUUGUUUUUGGGCUGAUGAUAA